AUGCCAUGGAAUGGAGAGGAUAUCAUUGGCUCUCUACCAGUGUACAAUAAUGACUCGCUAUAUCAAUACAGAAAUAUAUACUGUGCUAUAUGCAAUGGAGAAUCGUAUGAUAACAUGCUACCAUGGUCGGUCCAUGCAGCCUAUAACGUGUAUGGUGCAAAAUCCUAUGUUCCAAACUUUAACGACACUGAACUUCCAGGUUUAUUUACUGGUGACUUUAUGGUUCAAGUUCCAAGUAGUAUAGAAGGGGAAGUUCGGAGGUGUUCAGCACCUACCAUAAAUACUUGUUUGGAUGAGUUUAGUGAAAGCGAAACGGAACAGGGUUGUCUGAGCUAUGUUGGACCUCUAGCUUACCGGCCUGUCAUUGGUUCAACCAUAACCAAUUAUCGCAAUCCCUAUUGCGCAAUGUGCAAUAACGUCACUCUCACACUCAGAGAGUCAUGUGACUAUUUCUUGUGCGUAGAUAGAUGUGACGUCACGGAUCCAUGGUCAAGGUGUUUUGAAACGUGUGAGAGUUUUACUGGCAUUCUAACUCUUGAUUUGCUCUUUAACUUUAAGAGCGAUAACACUUUAAGCGAUAACAUCGUUUCCUGUACAACGGGAGAGAUCUUUGAUCCUUUUCUCAGUAGCUGCAGAGCGUUGACUUGUAAUUCUGGGUUCGAAAUCCAAGGAAACGAGUGUGUUGAAAAGACAGUGCCCUCAACGUCAGCACCUGUAGCAGUUCAGGAGUUUGCAUUCAACCCAAAUAAUACAGUCAACGUUGGUUUGGUGGAUUGUCUACGGUUGUUUCUUGUUGAUACUUUUGGUAUCGUCUUUUGGGACGCAACACUAAAUAACUCAUCAACAGUAGAGUUGCUUACCGUGAAUUUUCUAGCAGGAAACAAAACAGUCGUGGAUAGCAUUCAGAGCGUCAUCUUGAGUUACAAAUCUAGUAUUUGUAAUAUUUCUCAGUUUGUUCUGUUUUUAGAACUACAAAGUAUUCUUCCCGCGCAGACUUGUAAAGAUUUUAACACCAGUGGACUUGACCUUUUCCAUGGUUACGUCACCAGGAAUGACGUAUUUCGUAUUAGACAGUUUGAUUACAAUUUAAUGACUGACUACCAUGUCUAUGGGAUUGAUGAGGCUUGUCUUGAAAUCAAACUAACAUGCACUUCACUCGUGGCGUUGAAUUCAACUGAGUUUGUGCUGUCAGCGGAAGGGAAUGUAACAGUGCUAAAGUAUAUCCCAUCUGAUGUUUCUAUACCUCACGACGCGUACGUUCUUCUUGCAGAUGGAAGUGCAGUCAUUUGUGCUGACUAUCUGACCGGUCCACAACCACAGAAUGCUACGGCCCUCGCAUUGAUAUACCUUAGCUAUAUACUCUACACUCUAUCAGUCAUUGCUCUUGCUGUAACAUUCCUCAUUUACUCCCUACUACCACCACUGCGCAACUUGGCAGGUCUGUCCAUCAUGAACCUUGUGGGGGCGCUCUUUAUAGCAAAUCUCCUCCUCUUACUCUCGGGGCAAUUACUCGAUGUACCAACGCUGUGUCUCAUUGCGGCCCCCCUAAUCCACUUCACAUGGCUGGCAGCGUUCGUGUGGAUGGCUGUUUUGUCAUGCAAUGUUGCACGAACUCUCAGCAGUAAAGUGGUCAAUAAGACCCACGAGUCACCAACGAAACCACUACUUCUAUAUAUGCUAUUUGCCUGGGGUGUACCACUGGUAAUCGUUGCUAUAUGUAUCACACUACACUUCUGUCAGUGUACCAGUGCCGGUCCAAUAUACGUAGACCAGACCAGGUGUUACAUAGUGAGUCCAUUAGUUAACUUAUACGCCUUUGGUAUCCCAGUCGCCUUAACCCUUGCUCUCAGUAUAUGUUUCUUCGUAUACACCGUAGUUUUUCUGAGAAGAUCUCGAAGCUCUACUCGUGCAGCGAGAAGUGAGACGCGACUUCAAGAGGUCAAAGUGGAGCUCCUUAUUUACAUCAGGCUGUGCGUUCUAAUGGGACUCUCUUGGGUACUAGGAUUCUUAAUCCAAAUCAUAGACGGAUACGCAGUCAUCUUCAUCUUUGUCAUCUUAAACUCUUCACAAGGCGUUUUGAUCUUUCUCAGUUUCUGCUUUACAAAGCGGGUACAUAACCUUCUUAAUGAGCAUUACAGUCGUUCAAAGAAGCAACGUCAGACGAGACGAAAGAAGACUAAUCAGUUGGUUGUCAGUGGGACACAGAGUCAUUCAAAGACGGGCCCUUCCGUCAACACAAACACAACACGUCUUUAAAGACACUGGACAGCUUUGGUAAUUGUCAAAGACCAG